AACACACAACGGGAAGAUUUGAAGCAGUCAAGAGAAGGGACAGGAAAUCAGUGAGUCUUGUUUUUGAGAGACAUUUAUAUACAAAGACAGAUGGCUGAGAAAACUGCUCUUUUAGAAAGUUACCUGAACUGCCAUGUGUGUUCAGAGACUUUCAGAGAUCCUGUGUCUCUGAGCUGCAACCACAGCUUCUGUUCAAGCUGCGUGAACACAUUCUGGGAACAAGCUAACAACAAAAACUGUCCCAUUUGUAAAAGAAUAUCCUCAAAAGAGAUUACUGGGAUGAACUUUGCACUGAAGGAACUGGCUGACAACUUUGCUGAAAGACAGAAAUCUGGAUCAUCUGAGAUGGGAAAAGAAAAGAAGAAGGUGGAGGUGGUGUGUGAUAAACAUCCAGAAGUCCCUUAUUGGUUCUGUAAGGAUGAAGAUAGAGUUGUGUGUCCUGUCUGUGAGUUUUCUCUCCACCACGGUCACACGGUGGUUCCUGUAGAACAAGCAGUCAGAGAUCUGAAGGAGCAGCUGAAAUCUGACUUACAGUCUCUGCAGGACAAGAGGGACAAACACAGACGAGUGGAGGAAACAUACGAUGAAAUAAAUCAACACUCCAAGAAGCAGCUGCUGUCUACAGAGAGUCAGAUCAGAGCCGAGUUCAACAAGCUGCACCAGUUCCUGAAAGAGGAAGAGGAGUCCAGACUGGCAUCUCUGAGGGAGGAAGAGCAGCAGAGGGGGACAACUGUCAGCAGAGAGAUGAAGAGGAUUCAGGAGCAGAUCUCCUCUCUGUCAGACAGCAUCUCUGCUGUGGAAGCAGACCUGCAGAAAGACAGCGUGCCGUUCCUCAGCAGUUAUAAAGCCUCUCAGAGCAGAGCCAGAGACCAGUGCUCGCUGUCAGAUCCACAGCUGCUCUCAGGAGCACUGACAGAUGUGGCCAAACAUCUGGGCAACCUGUCCUUCAGAGUCUGGGAGAAGAUGAAGGACAAGGUCCACUUCUGUCCCGUCAUUCUGGACCCAAACACUGCAGCCAUCAGUCUCUAUCUGUCUGAUGAUCUGACUAGUGUGAGGCAGGGAGACACAGACCAGAAGCUUCCAGACAAUCCAGAGAGACACAGCAGGUAUCCAGAUGUUCUGGGCUCUGAGGGUUUCAGCUCAGGGAAACACAGCUGGGAGGUGGAGGUGGGAGAUCAUCCUCACUGGAUUGUGGGUUUAGCCAAAGAGUCAGCUGACAGGAAGGGAGAAAGAUAUAUGUCACCAAAAUAUGGAAUCUGGUGUUUAUUAUAUCGCAGUGGAAAAUACACUGAUGGAUCUGGUAAGAGUGUCACAGUGAAGAAGAGUCUCCAGAGGAUCAGAGUCCAGCUGGACUAUGAGGGGGGGGAGGUGUCCUUCUACAACUCUGAAGACAUGACUCACAUCUACACUCACAGAGACACUUUCACUGAGAAACUCUUCCCUUGGUUCAGUAUCGGUCCGGCUGGUGAUGCUAAAACUGCAGAAAUCAAAAUCUGUCCAGCUGAGAUUUCUCUGCGAAGUUCAGAGAACUCAGAGAAGGUGGAGAAAGCAGAGGUGGAGAGAGGAGAGAAGAUGGAGAGAGGAGAGAAGGUGGAGAGAGGAGAGAAGGUGGAGAGAGGAGAGAGCUCAAAGUUGUUUUUUAGGCGUAAAAAACUAAGAUAAAAUAAGAUUUGAUGUGUUUUAGUAAAUGACCUGAUGGAAAACAUUCCUUGGUAGUUGUUUGAGACACAAAAUAUUUCCAAAGCCCAGAAUGAGAAACUACAGCUGAGCUGCUUUUUGUGUAAAUGUACUGCAAGAACUGGGAUUUUAAUUAAAAAUAUGUUAUUUUUAAAUUUCCAAGGAU